AUGCCCCAAGGCCACAGGACAAGGUUGUCCCACCCCUCCAGAACCAACAUAAAAGCCAGCAAAGCACCUCUGUCCCUCACACACUUCUCCUCACGCCUCUCUCCUCCAGGAAUCCUCUACACCACAACCAUGGCCUGCAACAACCUCUGCCAACCCUGCGGACCCACCCCGCUGGCCAACAGCUGCAACGAGCCCUGUGCCCUGCAAUGCCAGAACUCCAGCGUCAUCAUCAACCCUUCCCCUGUGCUGGUCACCAUGCCAGGACCCAUCAUGACCUCCUUCCCCCAGAACACCGUCGUCGGAUCCACCUCCUCGGCUGCCGUUGGUAGCGAACUCAAUGCCCAGGGACAGCCCAUCUCUGGUGGCUUUGGCUUUGGCCUUGGCUAUGGACUGGGAGGCCUGGGCUGCUAUGGCAGAAGGGGUGGCUACAUCUGCUAAGGGAC